GAGGAGAGAGAGAGAGAGGGGGAGAGUGUGUGUGUGUGUGUGUGUGUGAGUGUGUGUGUAGGGGCCAUGUUUAUCCUGGGGUGUGCUCCUGUGUUUGAACAGGGGUUCGUGUGUUUGCGCUCAGAGGUGUGUUUGUAGGUUUUCAACAUGGAGGGUCUCAGUGGACCAGAGCGGAGUUGGCCUGGGAAGGGGCUCAGAGUGUCUUCUGGGUGCCUCCCGGCUGUGGGGUGUGGAUGGCGCCGAGCGUGCUCAGAUCUGCCUCCCUGUUUCCCCACAGGGGCUGCGUGAGCCCCUGGCAGGGGAGGCUCUGGGUCAUCCCUGAUGACCUGGCAGCCCUCCUGCCAGCAGUCCCACCUGCUGUGCCCCAGCCCUGCCCCAGAGGGACCACUGGUCAGACUGGAGGGUCUGCACCUUCCCCAGCAACACCUAGAAUGCUAGCCGCCCCUCCCCUUCCCUCAUUGGUAACCUUUACCUCCAGGAGAGUUGUAUAAACAGCUGGUUUGUGGAAACAUCUUACUGAUGUGAAACGAUCUCAAAAGGGUCUCUCUUAUCGCCUUCGCUGUUCCCAGGGGACAGGCUGAUGCAGGAAAUGGAGGUCUUGUUUUCAUUCUCCGCAGUUUCAUUUCUCCUCCAGAGACCCCACCCCGGAGGCCGUGCACACCAGCAUGCAUAGCCCUCCCUUUUUGCCCUAAUCCCACCCUCAGCCACUCUGACCCUGGUGGGCUCCUGAUAGAAAUUCAGGCAUGGACUGAACUUGGCCCUGUACCGUCCCUGCUGGGGGACUUUGGGAGCACCAGCUCUGGAGAGGGGACAGCACUCUGCAAAUGAGGCACUGCUCGAGCGGAGCAGGUGCUGCCCCUGGAGCCGCCGGGGGAGGGGGCAGCUUGGCGCUGGCUGGAGGUCGGUGGCCACGCCCCGUGGGACUGGGCACUUUCUCUAGGAGGGACUGUACCCAGAACGGGAGAACGGCUUGGCCACUGAGGACUCCAACGCCCCCUGAGCCUGGCCUGUACAUGGGAUCCAUGUUCAGUGCAGGCAGAGUCUGGGUGGCAGUCCCCCCGGUCCCCGGGCAGCUGCGUGUGUGCCGUGAGUGCAGUGGACCCAGCGGCUGGGAGGAGAGCAAUGCAACCCUGAGCCUGGCCUGUACGUGGGAUCCACGUUCAGUGCAGGCAGAGUCUGGGUGGCAGUCCCCCUGGUCCCCGGGCAGCUGCGUGUGUGCCGUGAGUGCAGUGGACCCAGCGGCUGGGAGGAGAGACAUCUGUUCAUUUCAAUAUUCGUCAGUUACCUACCACACAUCAGGUGUUUCGUUUGGUGCUGGAGAUACUGUGGGCCACAAGAAGUCCCUGCUUUCUUGGGUCCUAUCAUCUCACAGCGCUCCUCAGCGCAAACUAGCCGCAUUGCAAGUGCUCCAUGGCCACGUGAGGCUGCGGCCACCUCACCGGACGGGACACGGCGGGGCUGGUGCAGUCCACCGUCUUCAGAAGGGGCAUCUGGAGGCCGGAGGGAGGGAGGGGACUGGCCAUACUGGUGGUUUCAAGCUCCAGUUCCUGCAGGGCCUUCAGCUUUGGCUCCUUGGGGCUAGAUUCAUUGGCCCCUGGGUGGGAGGUAUGAGGAGGGAAUCGUGCCCGGGAGCCUGGCGCAGGUCGACGGCCACACCGGCUUUUUUCUUUAUUUAUUGUGGGCAUGAACCUGUACUGUUGACUCCCCACCCCGUCACUACACUUAAGCUCUUUUACCCAGCGAAUGGAAUUCAAAGCUCCUGCCCCACCCCGGCCAACUCCAGAAGUAUGAUUUUCAUGUGGUUCUCGGUGGUGUCUUGUGACCGGCAGCUGAUAAAGUGGAGAAUACAGUGUUUCUCUGCAGGGGGCUGCAGGCCUGGGCUGUUGGAGACGCCUGUUGGGGGUGGAGGGUAUCCUGUGGACCCCCAGGGUGGGGAGCAGAGAGCCUUCCUGCCCUGCAGGUGGAAGCCUCUGCAGCCCCUUUCCUCCAAGCUUGGCUGGCUGGACAGAUGCCCCAUCUGCCCACUGGUGGGCCUUGAGGCAGUUGGUCAGUUACUCUGCCCUCUGCCGCUUCACGAGAGCCCUGGGCCAAGGCCAGCUCCCUCCCUACUGGGCCUGCGGAGAUCAGAUCACGCUGUGCUGCUGUUCAGGCUGUGUCUAGCCAGCGGCCAGGCCAGAGGGGCUGGAGUGGGUAUCUGACCUAUUGCUACCACCUCUUCCCCUCUUGCUCUGCCUGCUCUGUGGCGGUGUAGUUCCCGAUGAGUAAAUUAAUUCAACAAACUUGUGUCGAGAGCCUGCUGUGUACCAGUCACUGUUCUAGACAUUGGUGAUACAGCAUCGAACAAAACAACAGCAAAAGUUCUUUGCAAGCCAGGGAGGGGGAUCUGAAAUAUGAGGUGUAGGGGGGAUUUUUUGACCAGAGGUGGAGAAGAUGAGUGGAGAGCUGAGUGGGUAGCUACCAAGCCUGUGUCUAGGGGAAAAGCAUUCCAGGCUGAGGGAACAGCCAGAGCAGAGGGAGAGGGACUUCUUGCCCAGUCAAGAACAGUGAGGCCCGUUUGAGUAGAGCAGACUAAAUGAGGGAAAUGGGGAAGGAGGGCGGAGAAGUGCUGGUGGGGAGAUCACGUGCAUCCUUACAGGUCAGAGCAAAAGGCCUGGCCUUUCUCUCUGAGUAGAUGGGCGCCGUGGAGGGUUUUUGAGCUGAGGAGAGGGGAUACAGAUGAUCCAUUCUGGAGAAUCGCCGUUAGCUGACUCCACCCAGGAGCGGCGGAUCAUAACACAGUGCGACUCCAGUGGCCUGUGUCCUCACCUUGCCUUACUUCACAGUUGUAUUAGUUACAUUAAAUUCACCGUCCAGCUCAAGCCCCCCCCCUGGAAUAAUGGCAGAGGACUCGAAGCUGAGAGGAAUCGCUGUGGGUUAGCUGGCAGUCAAGAUUCACACGCCUCCUGGACACAUGGCGGGAGAUCCCCGAGAGGAGAUGUUUGCAAGCAGCUGUGGUAGCACAGCCCCGCUCUUUGGUUCCAGAGAGUAGCCACACAAGCUCAGGGCCCGGGGGACCUGGCUGACCAGCUGAGGGCUGUUGGUUCCCUGCCAGCAAAGCGGCACGGCCGUGAGAAAGUGAACGCGGUCUUUGCCAGCAUUCGUGGAAGUCUGGUGUCCAGAUGGAGGGCACUAGUAAUCCCGUGAAUACAGCUGCGGGCUUUGAGGACAUGCUGGAGGGCUUCCAGGGGAGGCAGGCGAUGCGGGGGCCGGAGACUGUGUCUCACGAGGCAGCCUGCCUGAGAAGGGGCGCAGGAGGCACCUCUUAGCUGUCAGAAGGCUUUGAAGGACUUGGCUGUGACGGAGGGCAGCUUCCUCCUGUUGCCCCAGAGCGCUGCAGGUGGGCCCUGCGAGGAUCUUGGCGUCUUCGCAGGAUGGUUUAGGGGCAGUGGAGGGCAGGAGUUGGGAGCGCGCCUCUGGAGCUAAGCUGCUCACUAGCUCGGCGACCCCGGGCAAGUUGCUGACCCUUUUUGCACCUCACUUCCCUGUCUCCACAAUGGAGGUAAUAAUAGUGUUUAACUCAUAGGGUUGAGAUCAUACUUGGACAGCCCUUAAAAGUACCUUGCAGAGUAGCUCUCAACAUGUGGUAAUGUCUGGCGACAUUUGGUUGUCAGAACUGGAGAGCGGGGGUCAUACUGGCCUCUAGUGGGCAGUGGUCACGGUGCUGGUAACCAUUCAGUGGCGCACAGGACAGCCUCCACAGCGAUGACUCACCUGGUCCCCAAAGCAAUGGCAGUGAGGUUGGCUCCCCCCUGGUGUUGCACAUAGUAAGUGCACAAUACAUUUCAGGAUCAGUACGGGAUGCAAUACAUUUUUAGUCUCAUCGUAUUACUUGUGUGUCAGAUGUUUAUAAAACAUCUGCUAUGUUCUAGGCACUGUAAUAGAGUCUGAAGAUAUAAUGCAGGCCUGGACCACAGAGGUCAUAGUCUCAUGGACAAGAUACGAAAACACAAUAAUGUAAUAUAAAAUUAUAUUAUGUGAUAAAGCAUCUUCUCUAAGUGCUCUGGUAGACUCUUGGUAUAAACAAGCUUCCAGUUUCAGAGGUCAGAGGAUAGUGGGCAAGCCAUGAAAUUAGUAAUUACAUAAUACAAAAAGUUUACUACCUGUUAGGUGCUAAAAUCAAGAUAUAAACGAUUUUUUGUGGAAAGAAAAACAUUGCUUAGAAAUGUCAGAAAAGGGCUUCCCUGGUGGCGCAGUGGUUGAGAAUCUGCCUGCCAAUUUAGGGGACACGGGUUCGAGCCCUGGUCUGGGAAGAUCCCACAUGCCGCGGAGCAACUAGGCCCGUGAGCCACAACUACUGAGCCUGCGCGUCUGGAGCUUGUGCUCCGCAACAAGAGAGGCCACGACAGUGAGAGACCCGCGCACCGCGAUGAAGAGUGGCCCCCGCUUGCCGCAACUGGAGAAAGCCCUCGCACAGAAACGAAGACCGAACACAACCAAAAAUAAAAAUAUAUAAAUAAAAUUUAAAAAAAAAAAAAAAAGAAAUGUCAGAAAACACUUUGUAGAGGAGGGGCCGGUGCUGCAGAAGGAGUGAGAUUGUUGAGGCUAACAGGGGCUGCGGAGGGUCUUCCUGCUGGAGGAAAGCCCCGUGCAGAGGUGGGGUUGUGGAAGAAGGCGGCACCUGCAGCGCACGUGGCAGGAGCUCCGAGAUGCACAUGCAGGGCUUGGGGCCUGGGACUGAAGCGCCCUGGUUGCCUCUAAAAAGCUUUGGUUUUUCAUUGAAGGAAUGGGGAGUGAUUGAAGCAGAAGGGUGGUUUGGUCCAAACUGUUUCUGAGAAAGAUACCUUGUUGGCAGUUCUGAGGAAGAGGCUUGAGUGAGGAAAGACUUGUGGCAAAGAGACCAGUUAGGAGACAGAUAAAUUGGGGUGAGAUCCUAGAAUCCACCUGUGGCUCAAGAAGAGAAGAUGCAGGCUGCUUUCCGAAGUACUUCUGGGGCUCUAGACUGUGUGGCCUUCAUGCUGCGCUGAGCUUUAUCAAGCUUUACAUCCCAGUGCCGUCUAUAAUGGCGAGCGUUCAGUGGGAGUUCAGCAAGCGUUUGCUGGAAUGAGGAACUGGGGGUAGAGUGGGUAGCGUUUCGCAGGGAUGGUGUGAAGGCGAAGGAGAUGU